UGUUUGUAUUUCCAUGCAGCGAGUCACUCACAGCACGGUCAGAAAUCUUCACUUCCCUUCCUUUUAAAGCAUUUCUCCUACAAAUAUUCUUUUUAUUUUUUUGCUGCUCGUGCUCAUCUCAUUUUGCUCUUUGCUUCCUCCAUCCAUUUCCCACCAUUCCUAGAUUUCGAUUAGCGUUCCCAUUUCGAUGCUUUUUUCCCGCUGCCCAUUUAUUUUUGUAUUUUUAACCCGGCUGGGAGCGGCCUUUGGAACCCCGGAGAUUUUUGUUAAUGCUUAAACAACCACCGCCGCUUUUAUCUCUCUGCAGCCUUAUCUCGGCCCGAGCUGCGGCCGAAUUCCACUCGGGACAGCGCUCCGGGAUGGGUUCCUGUGCGGCCGCAGCUCGGAGCCGCCGGAGCCUCGGGAAUUGCGGGCGGCUCGGGGUGAAUUCCCUGGGAACAGGUACCGGGCUCGCCCCUCCCAGCCCGCGGGGCGGGAGCGAGGGGCAGGAUCGGGCUGUGCCCACACCCACUCGAGUCCCGGCGGGGAGAGAGGAGCGGCCGGGAGCGGUCCCGGAGCGGUCCCGGAGCGGUCCCGACAUGGGGAACAUCGCCUGUGUCCCGCAGGCUCCCGGCGGCUUCAGGAGCUCCUUCAGGAGGAAACCCUCGCUGAAGAAGGAACAAAAUGGCAAGAAAAAGCUGCCCAGCUUUUUUGGGAUAGAUGGAGGCCAGGAGAGAGACACGACCACGGACAAAAUCCUGCAGUAUAUUCCAGCAAAGAUUAUUCAGAAGCAGGAAAACCAGAAGGAAAACUUGGACCAGAGGUUCCCCAGCCUGUUCAAGAAGGGCCGAAGGAAAACGAUUGUCAGGAAUUUGGGCAAAAUGAUUUAUUACUCCAAGGUCAAGUUCAAGUUCCAGCACUGCCAGGAGGUCAACAACUGCUUCCUGGAGCUGUUCCAGUCCUACCUGUACUUCCAGUCCACGGGCCCCAAUGGCCUCACCUACCAGGGGCUGCUGCCUCUGAAGGAGCUGGAGGUGCGGGAGCUGGGGGCUGGGCAGAGCCCCGGGCAGCUGGAGCACGCUUUCCACAUCUCAGGACCUCUGCUGAACCCCCUGGUGGUGUUCUGCCCCUCGGAGGCCGAGCUGAAGCAGUGGCUCUACCACCUGGAGAAGCAGAUCCAGCUCUGUGGAGGGGGCCUGGCCUUGCCCCUGCUGUCCCAGAGCGGCUGGACGCCCAGCACCGGUGACAAGGAGGAGCUGCGCUGGUCCGUGCAGAACCUGCCCGUGCAGGAAUGGAGAGGAACCCAGCGGGAAUCCCUGGGAGAAAUCCUCUGUGUCUCCAAGGUGAAGCUCCAGCACCUGCCCUUCCAGGUAGGACACGACAGGAGCUCUGCUGGCUCCGUGAUCCCAAUCCUGCCCCUCUCUCCACAGGGAGAGCUCCCGCUCAACGCCAUCCAGGUGCUGUUCGAGGAGAAUGACAAAAGCUCCUUUUUGAUCGAAGGCCGACUGAUAAACUCCAUCCGGGUGACCUGUCCCAGCUACCAGGACUACCAGGAGUGGCUCUACUGCCUGAAAACCGCGCAGUUCCGAAACGCAGACUCCUCCCUCUCGGGCUCCGAGAGCUUCUCGGGACCAAAGCCGCCGCAGCCCGGGCAGGUGAGGAUGCCGGAGCACCCCGUGUCCCGUGUGGAGCAGCACGACCGGCUCCUGGUGCUCUACCCCUCCACGCUGGUGAUCGUGUCCGAGGAGCCCGAUGGCCUCUGUUUCAAGGUCCUCUCAUUCCAGAGCCUGGCACAGCCCAGCUGGCCCAGCUCAGCGCUGCCCACGCAGGAGCUGCGCAGGGGGAACAGCGCCAGGAAAUCCAAGGGCAAGAGCAGCGGGCAGCAGCUGCCCAGCCAGGAGCCAGCCAGGAGCGUCUGCAGCCUCAUGUCCCAAAACCCCGCGGCAGAAAUGCAGUCCCCGGUGUACGAGGAGCCCUACUCGGCACACAGCUCCCAGCUGGAGCUGGGCAUAUAUCCCCAUACAUAUCGUGGUCCCCAUCUCGGUGCAGGUGGCAGCUCUGGUCCCCAGGAGCUGGCCGAUGUCCCCUGUCCCUGCCAGGACUGUCCGUCCCAGCACGACUACGCCGAGCUGCAGAGCUUCCAGAGCUUCCAGAGCUUCCAGAGCUUCCAGAGCUUCCAGAGCGACUUCAGCUACGACAACCUGUGGGAGGCUGAGGAGAGGGAGCCGGGCUCGCGCUGUUCCCCGUGUGCCCAGCACAUCUACCACGUCUAGGGCUGCUCCAGCCGGGGAAAAGCUCCGGGCUCUUCCCUCCCUGGGCUUCACUCCGGGAGCUGGGGCCCAGGGAUGUGAUGGGAACAGCCCUGAGCUCUGAUCCCCACAGCCUGGCAGCUCCAGGGCUCCAAUUCCUGCCCCAAAUCUGGGAUGAAGGGAAGGGAAGAGCCCUGAGCUCUGAUCCCCACAGCCUGGCAGCUCUGCUCCUCCUGCCCUGGCAGCUCCAGGGCUCCAAUCCCUGCCCCAA